AUGAAUACAAAUCUGAUGAUACAUGAAAAGCGAAAUUGUGCAUCCCCUCACUCUCCCUCCUUUAGCAAACAAAUCCACAGGAAAAUCCCAAUUUUUUGGAAAAUUAACACUCUUCAAGAGCGAACAAAAAAAACAUUUUUAAUAUAAAAUAAUAAAUAUUAUAACGAAAUCUCAAAAUAGCCCUAUCAAAAUUUAAUCAGCUGUAUUUUAUAACAAAAUUGUAAAUAAAUUAGAUUCUUUACUAAAAAUUUGCUAAUAUAGAUAUUUUUUAAAAAAAAUUGCAAUAACUUUUUUUAUGAGAAAGUGAAAAUAUUUUGCUUGAUCAUCAAGGGGAUUCAGCAUUUUUUUCCUCAAAAUCCGUCAUCUCUUAAACAUACAUUUUCUCAACUAUCCUUGGCUAAGUCUCACAAAGCUCACAAGGACAAUUUAAUAAGAAGGUAUAAUUCCAUCAUUGGAAAAUUAUCAUCCAAAUCCAAGUCUUACCUACUCAAAUCCAACCAGCCCAGCAAUUUAGGCAAAGAAUACAGGUCCAAAACCCUAACCCAGCGAAUUAAAUCAAAAUUUGAAGACCCGACAGGGUCAACUAAAGACCCCUGCUGAGAAAUUAGUUCUAUUGAAAAUGAAAUGUCCCACGAUUUUAUUUUAGAAAACGAGCUAGAAAUCGAGCUGAAUGAAAAAAAGACAUCAAAACAUAUAAACAGCUUAUGAUCUCCUAUUGCUUCUAAAAGCAAAUUCCAAGAGUUUAACAAAAAACGAGCAAGAAUUGUUUCAGGGAUCCAGGAGGCUAUGAAUGACGAAAAAUAUUCAAGGGGGAAAAAAUUCAGUCUUCAGUAUGACACUUUGCAGUCUAUUAAAUCGCCAAUAAGGCAAAAUAGAGAGGGUGAUAGAUGAAAUGUGGAUUUUUAUAAGUCUACGAAUUUUAGGGCAUCGCCUGUAAGAAUAAGAAAGCUUUUAACCUAUCAGAGUAUAAAGGAUCCUGUUUUUAAAAGUACUGCAUUUUCUUCGGACUAUUGUGCAAGUCCUAAAGUAACUCAAAGAUAA